CAGUUCACGCACCCACGGACGCGUCCCAUCGUAGGAGCUGGAGUUGGACACUACGUGGGUUUUAUCUGCUUUAUCAGCCGAGCCAGACAACGGCCGAGGACAGGAAACCCCCUCUAAACUGCUGUCUCUUGACUGCUGGCUUAUCUAGAUCACCAAUGGCUCAGCUACUGGAAGCUGCGUUUUAAACUCUUGGCUCAGUGGGUUGUCACAUGUCAUACUUGCCAACAAAAGAUUCCUUGACUUGAGGAGAUGAUGCUGGAGAAACAGGACUGAACAUUUUAGAUCGGUGGGGAGAGGAAACAGGAACAGGAAGUACAUCUAUUGAUGAAUCCACACUGCUCACUUAUCAGGAUCAUUUAGAAGCCGAUGAAACCAUUGUGAAAUGAUGAAUCGCUACACCACCCUGAAGCAGCUGGGUGAUGGCACCUACGGCAGUGUGCUGAUGGGGAGAAGCAACGAGUCUGGAGAAUAUGUGGCUAUCAAAAGGAUGAAGAGGAAGUUCUAUUCAUGGGAAGAAUGUAUGAACCUUAGAGAAGUGAAGUCAUUGAAGAAGCUGAACCAUGCCAACGUGGUGAAACUAAAAGAGGUUAUCAGAGAGAAUGAUCACCUCUACUUUGUCUUUGAGUACAUGAAGGAGAACCUGUACCAGCUUAUGAAGGACAGAGAGAAUAAGAAGUUCUCAGAGAAUGAAAUUAGGAACAUCAUGUUUCAAGUGGUAUCUGGGUUGGCUUUUGUACAUAAGCAUGGUUUCUUUCAUCGUGACAUGAAGCCAGAGAAUCUGUUGUGUAUGGGUCCAGAACUGGUCAAAAUAGCAGAUUUUGGACUGGCCAGAGAGAUCCGCUCCAAACCUCCCUACACAGAUUAUGUAUCAACGAGAUGGUACCGUGCUCCCGAGGUCCUGCUCAGGUCAUCCACCUACAGCUCUCCUAUUGACCUGUGGGCCGUGGGCUGCAUCAUGGCUGAACUCUACACCCUCAGACCUCUCUUCCCUGGAAACAGUGAAGUGGAUGAGAUCUUUAAGAUCUGCCAAGUCCUGGGCACCGUUAAAAAGACGGACUGGCCCGAGGGCUACCAACUGGCAUCAGCUAUGAACUUUCGCUUCCCCCAGUGUGUUCCGACCCACCUGAAGACCCUCAUCCCAAAUGCCAGCAAUGAGGCUAUUGCACUGAUGAGGGACCUGCUAAUGUGGGACCCUAAAAAAAGGCCCACCGCUGUACAGACCCUGCGUUACCCUUACUUCCAGGUCGGCCAGAUUUUGGGGCCUCGUCCUCAGAGCCAGGAAGUUAAGAAGGUCUAUAACAGACCACUGGUUCAGAAACAGAUGUCUGAGUCAAAGCCAGAUUCUCUGCAGUCUUACUCUGAGUCCAAAGCUUCCACAACCUCUUUUAGAAGCCACCAGGAGCAUCAGCCGCUUCAGCAGAUCCCCCUGCAGCAGGUCGACAGUAAAGCAGAAAACAUCAACCACACAAAUGCAGCACUAUCGGGCAGUGAAAACAGCGUUGGGGACACACCGAUGGGGGUGAUUAAGAGUGGUCGUCGUCGCUGGGGACAGGCGGUUGCUAAGUCCUCAGAUAGCUGGGAGUAUUCAGACCAGUCAGAAACUGCGGCCUCCAACUCCAAGAGACCCAGCCUGGGGAAUGCAGAUGAGAGGAGCUCCAAAGAGCACUGUCCUCAGCCCAAGGAGCAGAAACCUCUGUACUCCUUCAGCACGGUUACCAAACUACCUAACAAUGUCAAAGUCGGCCAAAUGGAGUCCACUGUUCCAGGAUCUGCAGCACGGCAGCACUAUCUCAGCCAGUCACGCUACUUGCCAGGCUUGAUUGUUAAGAAUCCAACUUCCUCUGGAGAUAAAGAGUUGAGUGGUCUGACGCUGCGGGACCUGUGGGAGAGCUCCUCCAACACUGUAAAUAAACCACUAGGUCCUGUUGGAAGAGGAUUAUCUGUCACCAGAGCCAACGCAGAAGAAAAUACCACUAAGUCUGGGAAUGGUACACCGGAGAAAACUGUUGUCAAAGAAAGAAUACUAGAGAAACUUGACCUGUCCAAAGGAAACUUUAUAAGCACCAAAUACAACCUCUCAGGUGGUUACAUCCCUUCUUUCCAGAAGAAAGAGGUGGGCUCAGUGGGACAGAGAAUCCAGCUCGCCCCAUUGGCUGGUCAGCAAGCAAUCAAUCUUUCUUCUUCUCCUGAUAAUAAAAAAGACCAGACAAAAUCUGCAAAACUCAAGCCCAUAUCCAACUCGUCCCUGAGCGAAACUAGUGAAGAUUAUGAAGGAUGGAAGAGGCGAGCAGACCGGACUCAAGUGAAGGGGAGCAGCUACUCUGCCUUAGGGAAAACCUCUGGAAAUCUCCUCAGCAGAGCUCCUGCUGCGCAGCCGGUCCACGGCAGGGUGGACUGGACAUCCAAGUAUGGUGGAAACCGUUAAUUCUGUUCAGAAAUAUAACCUUUUCACUGUCGGGCUUUGAGUUCCCAUCUCCAGCUAAUAAAUAAAUUCUGUUUAUCCAGUUCUCGUGACCUCAUUCACACACGAUUAAUGCAGUUCCUUAAGAUGUGCAGAGCACAAUUUAGUGGUUUAGUACAAAUGUUUUUUUUGGAGAUGGUGGUUGCCAAGACUGGUUCCGUCUGGCGUCUGCAAGACGAUCACAUCGCUUCCCCCGAGGGAUCCAGUCUGAGAUAAUUCUCUGAUAGGGCUUGGAUGUUCUCAGUAGGAUUUUAAUGUAGCAAACUUUUGAACCGCUCCCCUUUUUUUUUAAAGACUGUGUUGUAUUGUUUCAUUUCCCAUGACAAAAUGUAAAUUUAAAUGUAUUCUGAAAUGCUACAUCCCCUCAGUUUAGUCUUUAUUUUAUAAAUGUCACUAAAAGAUAUGAUGUCAAGGAAGAAUUACAAUUGUAUAUUGUAAGACUACUCUCUUUGUGUUAUACAAUGAAUGCACAUUUUGUAAUCAUUUUAUACCAAUAAAUAUAAAUAACAAUUCAGUGUUUAUUCAUUCAGAAAUGACAAGGUAGUUGUUCUUUUAUAAAGAAUAUGUAUUUCAUGAUCAAAUACUUUUUUUUUCUUUAAA